CACCCUUGCAAGGUAAAGCGGCUCCGAGCGUAUUCGGGAGGGGAGGCCAGGAAGAAAAGGGUGACAGUGAGACGAGGACCCUUCCGAGUUUAACGGCCACUCAAAGUUCGGAGAUACUGCUGCUGAAAUACCUCCUCGAACGUGAAGUCGUUGCUUCUGCCAUAACUGGUGCUGCUAUUGAAAAGGAGCGGGAGACUACGUCUGAUGUGGAUCAACGAAACCCUCCUUAGGUAUUUGGAUUCAGCCAUUAAUUCAAUUUGCACACCAAGUGUGUCGUUUAUUUUCUGUCCUUUGUGGGAUACAUAGUCGUCGCAUUUCUGUAGUCUCCUUCGAGCGCCCGAAUGCAUGUAGACUAGUUUGACCCCGCAGUGGUCUAAGCCCGCGCUACGUCCCGAGACUCAAACGGCGGUGGUCACAGCGCAGUAGGAGCAGCCCGAAUCCCAUCGGAACCAUGAGCCAGGCGGAUAUAUCAACCUGCUCCGCGCCUCAGAGAGUAUUCCAAGAGGCGGUGAAGAAAGGCAACACUAAAGAACUCCAUUCACUGCUACAGAACAUGACAAACUGCGAAUUCAACGUCAACUCUUUCGGGCCAGAGGGACAGACGGCGUUGCAUCAGUCGGUCAUAGACGGAAAUCUAGAACUUGUUAAACUGCUGGUGAAGUUCGGUGCAGACAUUCGACUGGCCAACAGGGAAGGUUGGAGUGCGCUACACAUCGCGGCUUUUGGAGGACACCAAGACAUUGUCUUAUACCUCAUCACCAAGGCCAAGUACUCCUCUGGCGCCAGGUGAUGCGCCUUUCCCCUGCCAGUAAAAAGUGGACUAUCGCGUGACUAUGAAUGCAGGGAGUUUUGUUGCACAAAAUAUGCGGAGCCUUGUAUGCCCCCUAGUGCCUGUCCGGGUAACUGCAGGAGCUGAGGCCUAAGAAGAGUUACUACUGAGCAGGACUAUUAACGGUUUAUUGAUAAGACUGUUCUGUUGCAUGACUGUUGCAGGGAAAAACAAUCUUCAGAUUUGUUAAAAUAACCUGCUUUUGAGAGUCAUGACACCCUGACGUUUGUUCCUAUGCUGCUUUUAUGUAAGUUUAUUUUUGGUGGGUUUUUUUAGUUUUUUUUUUUUAAACAAUAGCCAACAGUGAGUGAAAGAGGGCAAAUAUCAGUUCAGAGUAACAUAAAUGUUUAUAAAAGUCUCCUGAAUGCAGUGUGUGUGUGUGUGUGUGUGUGCGCGUAUGCUUGAAUGCCAGAGACAGAGAGACAGAUUGUAUGUGUAUAUGCAUGUAUGACAACAGAUCAUUCAAAUCUGUGUGCGUAAAGGAAAGAGAAAUGUUGCAUGCACUCCACUGUUUAACUGGUUAUCGUUUGUCUAGUCCUUGAUAAGCCCUGGUUAGACUAAGAAUUCUUUAUACCUGGAGUUACAAAAGAGAUGUUUUCCACCAUCAGUUAUAAACCUAAUAUGCAUUGCAUGUCUUAAACUUGAUAUUUUUACUCUUUAAAAACAUUUUGCACUGAUGACUGUUGUUAAUUUGUUGGCUUCAUGUCAACAUUUUAUUUUUUUCUAAAUAGAAAAAAGGAACACAACAAAAUAUUAUUGUAUAAAAAACUCCAGGUUCUGUUGUCUGUUUUGUGUGUGUUACUUUGUAUAACAUUGUGUUUGCAAAGAGACCUCUAUCUCUUGCUUGGGUGUGUGUGUGUGUGUGUGUGUGUGUGUGUGUGUGUGUGUGUGUGUGUGUGUGUGUGUGUGUGUGUGUGUGUGUGUAAAAAUGUUGAAAUCACAGGGCGCUUCUCUGAAGAGCUCUCCUUAUGUUAAGAAAGGGGAAUAAUAAAUUUGAUGGUAAGAGCAGUGUAAGAAAAAAAAAUUGCACACUGUAUGGUUGUUUUUCUCCAUUCUGUCAUAACAUUUAUGGCGUGAGGGGUGAAGCAGCUUGCUAAGUGUAACAGAAUGACUAGAUUGCUGUUUCUUUUUUUCUUUUUGUGGACCAAGUUGUUUUGUCUUGUGCCUCCAGUGAACAGAGUUUUCAGUUUUGAGUGACAUGAAUGUUUUGUGCUGGUUUUAGCUUUUCUUUUCAUUUGUGUGUUUGUUUUCUUUUUGAACGUUUGUAACACUGUGAUUUGUGUGUGGUCAGAUGACAGAGUGCUGUAAUAUGUUUUGUACAUUUGUGUACAAGCCAGUAAAGAAAUCAUUAAACUUU